CGUAUGAGAUAUUAAGUGAAGCAAGUAGUAGUUCACCAGAAUGUGCUGUACAGAUGUUUUAUGCAGUUAGAAAUAUAUUUGAAUUAUUCUGUAGUGUAUUUCCUACCUAUCACAGACAAAGUCUUAAUGCUCUACCACAAUUUUCUGCCUUACAUCAUAAUAACUGUAUGUUUAUAAGUCACCAUUUAAUGACGUUAGGACACCAGUUUAGUUUGAAGUUACCUCCUACUAUUAAUUCAACGUUUGUUGAUCUUAUACCUAAAAUACGUGGUAUUGGUACUCAGAGUUUUAUGGAUCAGAUGAAUUCUCAAAGAGAUUUAUUACUAGAAUUUUUACAAGCUGCUAAUGAUAAGCAGUUGAAGGAUUUAAGGAUUUUUGGUCUGGCUGCAAGAAUGGUAGGCUGCACGUAA